UUAUUUUUUAUCCGCUUCGUUUGGUUGAUAUGCGUGUUCGCAAGAUAACAAAUUAAAUUUUCUGCUGAUAAUAGUUAAUUUUACUAUUGAUGAAACUAACUGUGAAUUCUAGCAUUCUACGAGAAAUUAAGCUGAAUAUUUAGCAACUGCAAGUCCUUGAGCGAUGCAGGGAAGCAAAACAGCAUAACAAGGCGCGUGGAGCAAAAAAUACUCCACUCGUAUGCUCAUAUCCCUUAUUUAGCCGCUCGGAAACCGAGACAAGCCACUCGCGAGCUGACUGACUGCGGCACUAGCCACGGUAGACUGGAACUGACCGGUCGUGGGCAAUUUAUGCUUGUGGUUGUCGUGCAGCGCACUUUGUCGUCGUUUCUUGAGGGUCUUUCGUCCAAACGCACGAGAAUAUCUACAGGGGCAGUGGUCCAACGUCAGAAAGAAACUCGAGCUCUGCAGUCGGGCUCCCCAUCCGCGAGCAGUUCUGGGCGCUGUGUUGCAUCACUGUGGUUCUGUCACUUGCUUCCGUCAGGAUCCCGUUUCUUCGCGAGCAAAGCGAUGUCAGCGGACAGCUUUGAAAGCAUUCCCGAAGUGAAGCUCGACAAUGGACGUUUCAAAUACGUUCUCAUCAAAGUGCACGACAAGAAUGACCCCAACCGGAGCAAGCUGAUUGUGCGGGGAUCCGCAUCGGCCACUUAUCACGCGGAUAUCUACGAGAGAGAGAUGAGCAAAAUAGAAUCCAUCUGUGGAUUGGAGACGGAGUGCUUGGGCGGCGGAAGGAUCAUCCACAAUCCGGACUGCGACGAGAUCAAAGUGUUCGGGUACUCUCAGGGGUACGGCCAGGCAGACCACAGCAAGGCCGUGGAAGUACUGAAGCGCAACUUCCCGGAAUACAAGUCCAUCACGUGGUCGAACGAGGGAUACUAAUCUCUACACUGUAUUGUCAAUUAUAUCGCUCAAGUAGUAAUUUAAAAUAAAGUAACCACUCCACUGUU